AUGCACAGUUCGUGCGCAUGGUCACAGCAACAUAUAAAGCGUAUCCUGCCAUUGGUGGGUGUGUACGGCAUCACGCACGCCAUCGGCUCACCCCAGCCAGCCAAUCAGCGUUGCGGAGUGUGGUACAUGGAUCCGAGCAUGGACUCCUACAGAGCUGACAUAUACGCCUACUUCAAGUCCACGGACGGACACACCCACGCAUGGUCCUUCUCCCUCAGGCGUCCCAAUUUGCAUCUCGUGAAUCAUAUAGUGGCUAGCGGGGGACUCGUCAUUGUUGAUUCAACGCGCAGGGGCAAGCGGUACCCGGAUGCUAUAUCCAAGACGAUCCCCAUUUGGUGUGCGGUAGUGAGUGCGGCGAUGCUAGGUACGCCACCCGAAACGCUUCUGCACACGCCCGCGCAGGCUGUAAGCGAUUCAGAGCAGCAGUGCAUCCGCGACCAGCUACGCACAUGGACUAACAAUCUACGAGACUCAGCUUUACAGCUCACUCACCACCUCGACAAGCCCAUACGGCCGAUAUUCGUUCAUCCUGCGACUGAGCAACUACCCGAUUUCAACAAGGCCACUCUCGACUUCUACCCGCUCAUCUGUGUCUCGGCAUCGCGUUACGUUCCCGACGAGACAGAGAGCCUUGAGUGGGGUGAGUAUGUGCAGGGCAGCGGCGACGAUCAUGAGCUGUGGUCGGGCGGUUUGACACCGGAGUGUUUCUGGGCAAAUCGCCAUGAGCUUCUCAACUGUCCGAGAGAAUUGCUCGACGAGCGAGUGGCUGCCGUUGCAGCUGAGCAUCUCGCGCGCAGCACUUCCACAUCCACCCACAGCGUCCGUGUAGGAGACAGUAACGACACGCGCGCCUUUCUCGCAGGUGCUAUCUUCCCUGCUGAGUGCGAUGCGGCUUCAUCGUUGCCAUCGGAUAUCGCUCUCGUCGCUCUUACACCACAGCCUCCGCCGCGCUCCACUCACACUCUCCAUGUCCAGCUCCCCAGAUCAUCCAAGCAGGCGCAGAAACAGUUUUUGGGACAACUUCCCCAUGUCAUGUUGUUUGUGAGGCAGCAGCUUGAUAAUGGCCGCCGUAUAGCUGUCAGCGAUGCUAGCGGUGGUACUGAUCUCGCUUCGGCCGUGUGCGUGGCUGCUGCGACGCUAUUUUUCGACGAGAACGGGGAGCGCCAGUGUAAAGCGGGGGAGAUAACGAAAGCGACAAUCAAUACGCGGCUUCAGUGGCUGAUCAAUGCCUACCCAACGACGAACCCCUCACGGGUGUCGUUGAGGAGACUAAACGAUUACCUGAUGUGA